AUGGACAAAUGCUUCGACAUCUUGUACAGAAGAUUGGGGCUAGUGUUUAACACCAUGAGGUGUCUGAGACGGAAGCGGUAUGUUGCCCUGAAGAUUUGUAAUUGCGAUGCCACGGACGAGGAUAUGACGCACGAGCUGGAUAUGAAUGUUCAUUUGGCCGUAAUGGACAGUAAGCAUCGAGGGCGCGGUGUCCUCGGCACAGCUAUUGAAGGCGCUAAGAUCGAAUCGCCACGGGGAGACGUGCAUCUUGCACUUGUAUUCGAACCCUUACGAGAGCCCUUGUGGUUAUUCAGAAAGCGCAUUACCCAGCAACAAAAAACUACAAUUGAGAUACUACCCCUUUUCAAGACCUAUAUUCGAAUUCUACUCGAAGGAUUGGACUACAUGCAUACACAAGCCCAUGUGAUACACACUGACCUAAAGCUCGACAACAUCAUGAUUGCAAUAGAGGACCAAUCAACCAUCGACAAUUUCAUCCAAGGCCAGGCCGCACACCCCAUGGCACGUAAACAUGUUGGUGACCAUACUAUUUACCGCUGCCACAAUGAUUUUGGACCGGUUUUAAAAGCUGCCCGGAACUUAAUACCACAUAUUACUGACUUCGGCCUUUCGCAACACGGUGAUAAAACUGAACCUCUCAUUCAUCCGAUACAGCCCGACGAAUACCGCGCUCCAGAAGUAUUACUUGGCGUCGGCUGGAGUUAUAGUGCAGAUAUCUGGAAUUUCGGUGUCAUGAUAUGGGAUCUCUUAGCUGGGCGUUCCCUCUUUAGCCAAAAGACGCGGCAGUACUCUCCUACUCAGCAUGUUGCAGACAUGAUAGCUCUUAUGGGCGAUAUCCCCCCUUCUCUAGUCGAGCGGGAAAGACGCAUGCGACAUUGGAGGUGGUCCCCUGCCGCGAUGAACCCGAAUGGCCGACUCAGCAGCAAUGCAGCUGAGUAUUUUGGUGGCCCGUUCUUCACUGAAGAAGAAGAUGAUAUGCUGGGUACCCGAGGAACGCGCAACAGCAUCGGAACUGUUAAGCGAUCCCUGGCUCAAUCCUGGGACAUGAUUCAGCCGGAAUUACAUGCUCGUUACUGCACUUUGGCAGGCUCGUGA